AUCGAACCACAAGGAAGAUGACUCGAAGCUGCUCGACGAAAUUACCAAUAGAAUAUCCAACAUGUUGUUAGUCUCCGCAACACCACCAAGUGGUGGUAUCAAUAACCAAUUUGGGAUUGAUGCACACAUGAAAGAGUUGUAUCCAUUGUUGGAUUUGAAUUCCAAUGGGAGUGUGAGAGUGAUUGGAAUCUGGGCAAGAGGAGGCAGUGGAAGAUCGGCUCUAGCUAGAUUAGUGUAUCAGAAAAUCGCUAAGCAGUUCCAAAGCAAAUGUUUUCUCGAAAACGUUAAAGGGGUUCCUCAGGAUUGUCAAAUGUCGAAUCUAAGAGAAGAGUUUCUAAUAAGGAUUCAAGGAGGGUACUCGACGAUGAAGACCUCUGGGUUGAUCAGAACAAGGCUCAUGAGUCAGAAAGUUCUACUUGUGGCUAACAACGUCGACAAACUCGAACAAUUAGAUGCUCUUGCAGAAGAUUUUAACUGUUUCGGUCCUGGUAGUAUAGUUAUCAUAACUACACAAGACAAACAACUUCUUGUUUCAUUUGGGAUAAAGGUUGUGUAUGAAGUUGAGUGCUUAAGAUGCUUUGAAGUUCGCCAACUCUUUCGUCAAUUCGCCUUUAGAGAGAGAGACCUUUAUGUUUGUUCCGAGUUGUCUUCGUCGAUAUCGGAGACUGAAUGUUCU